CAAUUAAUUCAAAUUGCAAGCAAAUAGUCAUAGAGAUCAGUAGAUGAGUUAAGAUGGCGGUCGAACUUUUUGCUGUCCGUUCAUCAAAUGAAGUCAGUGUGAUGAAACUAAUAAACUCGAGCAUAAGUAGUUAUACCAAUUUUGAAAGGGCAACAUUAAGCAGCAGAUUUUUAGAUUUUAGUCCAGACGGUAAAUAUAUUGCUUGGUGUAACUCACAAUGUGUACAAUUAUUCGACUUUGAAUCAGAAAAGGAGCUCGUUACUAUACCAAGAGAAAGGACAAACAUACUUUAUUUUUCACCAAAAAGUAAAUACUUGGUAACAUGGGAGAUAUUAGCAGUUAGAGCAGGUGAGCCAAGUGAUAAAAAUACAUUGGAAAUAUGGGAAUUAAAAACAGGACGUUGCAUCAAAGGAAUCUGUAUCAAAAAACGAGAAAACAAAUAUUUCAAAUGGUCUGAUGAUGAAAUCCUGUGUUCUUUAUGUGUUACUAACGAAGCUCAUUUUUAUGUCAAUGGAAAUUUUGGAAAUAUUGCGCACAAGCUCCGACUACAAGGAGUUAGCUGUAUCGAAAUUGCACCCGGACCACCUCCAUAUAAGAUUGCAGCUUAUGUUCGUGGCACUAAGGGAGCCCCAAGCUAUGUUCGUCUUUAUGAAUAUGCAAACUUUGAAUUUCCAAUUGCGAACAAAAGCUUCUUUAAAGCUGAUAAAGUCAAUAUAUUGUGGAACAAAAAAGGAAAAGAUGCAUUGAUUCUUACAAGUACUGAAGUUGAUCAAACUGGAGGCUCCUAUUAUGGCGAGCAAAGUCUUCAGUAUAUUUCGACAAGUGGCGACAGUAACACCGUUAUUCUUGCGAAGAAAGGACCGAUAUAUGCUAUUGAUUGGAAUCCAAAUUCUACACAGUUUUGUGUAGUUUAUGGUUACAUGCCAGCUAAAGCUACAAUAUUUAAUUUAAAAUGUGAAUCAGUGUUUGAUUUCGGCACUGGACCUAGAAAUACAGCACAUUAUAAUACCCAUGGAAACAUACUUUGUCUUGCUGGUUUUGGCAACUUACGUGGAAAUAUGGAAUUUUGGGAUGUCAAACGACAUAAAGAGAUCAACAAACUACAGGCCAGUGAUACAACUUUAUUUGAAUGGUGUCCCGAUGGUCAGCAUUUUAUGACUGCAACAACAUCACCAAGAUUACGUGAAGGAAAUGGAUUCAAAAUAUGGCAUUAUAAUGGUAAUUGUAUUUACGAAAAGUCCAUCAACGAACUUUGGCAAGUUACUUGGCAACCUCGUCCUGAAGGUGUUUUUCCAGAACUUUCCAUCACUUCGGCGAAAGUCAAGAAAUCGAAUGAUGAAGUCCAGGCAUAUCGCCCUCCAUCUGCCAGAGGAACUCCCGUAAAUACAUCAAAGCUUCAUGAAAUAGAGCCUCCAGAAAACGCAAAGAAAACAAAAGAAUUAUCUGCGAAUGCUUUAAGGAAUAAAAAGAAACGUGAAGCCAAGGCUCGAACUAAAAAAGAAAAUGAGGAUAACAAUAUUUGUGGUAGAGAUAUUCCUGAAAGUACCACUGUGGCAUCUGGUGCAACUACUGAGAAGGAGAAGAAGUUAAAAAAUUUAAAAAAGAAACUGAAGCAGAUUGAAGAAUUGAAAUUGCAAAAGAAAGCGGGGAAGAAGUUAGAAAAGAACCAGGAAGAAAAACUCAACACUGAGGACAGUCUUCUUGAAGAGAUAAGGCAAUUAGAAGUUAGUUAGAAAUAAGCUGUACAUUAUAAAAAUAUUAAAUCUCACAACCUGUCGUUAAUAUUCGAUAAUCACUGGCUCAUAUUGUUGAAUUGCUUGUCGAGGUACAUAUAAAUUUAAUUGUACUCACUUCAACAAGGAAGCAUUUUUAUAUACAGCGAAUAUUUGUUAAAAAUGAAUAAAAAUUUUCGUAAAAGAGA